AAUGAACCCGACCAGAGGAAAACCCGUUAGUUUGUAGAGAAAACUGUGAGCGUCCAUGUCUUUUCCACAAAUAUCAACCCGCUGACAAACUUAUUGGCAGCAAUGUCGAGAGAAAACACCACUCGAAGUUUGGACAGCAUAGACCUCGCUGCUUUAAGGGAUCCAGCAGGUAUCUUCGAGUUGGUGGAGGUGGUCGGAAAUGGAACGUACGGUCAGGUGUACAAGGGUCGCCAUGUCAAGACCGGCCAACUGGCAGCUAUCAAAGUCAUGGAAGUCACAGAGGAAGAAGAAGAGGAGAUCAAACUGGAGAUCAACAUGUUGAAGAGUUAUUCCCACCACAGAAACAUCGCUACCUAUUAUGGAGCUUUCAUUAAGAAAAGUCCUGCUGGACAGGACCACCAGCUCUGGUUGGUGAUGGAGUACUGUGGAGCCGGCUCCGUCACAGAUUUGGUGAAGAAGACCAAAGGGAACUGUCUGAAGGAGGACUGGAUAGCUUACAUCUGCAGAGAGGUGCUCAGGGGUCUUUCCCAUCUUCACUCCCAUCAUGUGAUUCACAGAGACAUUAAGGGACAAAAUGUUUUGCUCACGGAGAAUGCCGAAGUCAAGCUGGUUGACUUUGGGGUGUCGGCCCAGCUGGAUAAGACGAUCGGGCGGAGGAACACCUUCAUCGGAACUCCCUACUGGAUGGCUCCGGAGGUCAUCGCCUGCGACGAGAACCCUGACGCUGCCUAUGACUACAGGAGUGACCUCUGGUCUUUAGGCAUCACUGCUCUGGAGAUGGCUGAAGGAGCCCCUCCUCUGUGCGACAUGCAUCCAAUGAGAGCGCUGUUUCUGAUACCACGAAACCCUCCACCCAAACUAAAAUCAAAGAAAUGGUCGAAGCGUUUCUUGUCGUUUACCGAUAGUUGUUUGGUGAAGAAUCACCUGCAGCGGCCCAACACCGACACCCUGCUGAGACACGCUUUCAUCCGGGAUCUGGCCAACGAGAGACAAGUGCGCAUCAUGCUCAAAGAUCACCUGGAUAGAACCAGAAAGAAAAAAGAGAAAGAGGGUCCAGAGUACGAGUACAGUGGCAGUGACGAAGACGAUGAAGAGGUGACAGAGGAGGAAGGAGAACCCAGCUCCAUAGUGAACGUUCCCGGCGAGUGGACGUUGAGACGGGAGUUCCUCCGCUUACAGACGGAGGAUCGUGACGGGGGCAGAGAGGGAGGCCAGGGGGGAGGCGGGGGGCAAAGACAACAGGCUCUGCAGCAGCACAGGCAGCAGCUGGAGGAGCAGGAGCGCUACAAGCAGCAGCUCCUGGCCGACCGGCAGAAGAGGAUCCAGCAGCAGCACGAGCAGCGGCAGAAGUUAGAGGAUCAACAGAGACGGCAGCUGGCAGACUGCGCCUUUCAGUGGGCGGAGCUUCAAGAGGUCUUGCUGGGAGAGGAGUCUGAUCUCCAAGACAACAGAAUCCUAUUGGAGGAGAGAAACAGGAGGAGUGACAGGAGACAGGAGCAGGCAGGCAGACAGCGCAGUGCCGAUGUGUCAGUCAGGCCUCUGGACUCCACCGCAGAGCAGAGAGCCGUGGCUCCAAAGCAGCUGCUUCAGCAUAAGGCCCCGCUCCAGCUCCAGCUCCAGCCGCAGGCCAAGCCCCAGCCGCCUGCGGCCCAGCAUCAGCAGCCCUCAGCCGGCAGGAGGUCCCACCGCACGCUGCCCAAGGACCAGACCCAGCUCCUGUCUCUGCAGCACGACCACAGACACAGGGAGAGAGAGAGGCAGAGGCAGAGAGAGAAGCCUGGGGCCGCGGUUCAGAAGCUGACGGCUAACAGUGGGAGCACAGCUGCUGCUGCUGUGGCUGCCUCCGCGCCCAGCCGCCCCGCAAACAGCCAGCGCUCCGCGAUGGACUUCCAGGAAUCAAACUUAGCCAGGCUGCUCUUAGCUGCUGGUCUCCCCAGCCAGGUGCAGUCCAGGCUGGGCUCAGGGAGCAGCUCCAGUCCCUGUACUCCAGCCAUGCAGAGGGCUCACCUCAACCAGAAUGCCAAUUUGCGCUCAAGUCGAGACGCUCCUCACAGCAGCUCCAUGUCAGAUAUGGCCAUCUCCCCGUUGUCCCCGUUUUCCCCUGUGUCUCCAACUGACGACGUCUUCUGGGACUUUAGAGUGCCACCUAAGGUCCCAGAACGCACUACCUCCAAGUUCUACUGUCGCGAGCUGGUGAUGGGACACAAGAGGGCAGCUUCAAGUGGCAGUCCAGUGUCUGUGGCAGAUAAACGCUCAGUGUCUCAGGGAGCCCCCCCGACUGGCAGCAACCACCCAGGUUUCUUCAAGCUGGAGAGUCCUCUUCUACAACACCGUCUCCAGCAGCACAGGAGGACACAGGACAAUGUGACCAGUGGACAAACACAGGGUCAUACCAGAUCUGCUCUGGUUCGGCUGCACAAGGCCACAGAAUAUUCAUCUUCCAGUGACGAGGUUGGCAGCAGCGAUGACGAAGAGAGGAACAGGUCUGGCCUGUCCAAUGGAAAGGGGAAAUACUUCAGAGGAAUACCUGAUGGGAUCGUGCUGCAGCCUCACCACAAUCUCAAUCAGAUUUCUCGGGUAGCUGCAGAUGACACCUACAUGCUACCAGACCUUCUGCAGAAAACCUCCUCCUCCAGUCCUACCCACAAUGCACUGGGCCAGGAGCAGCGAAGGCGUGAACUGAACUACUCGCAGUCCCCCACAGCCCCUCGAUCCCCCACACACCAGGAACUGCAUGCCAUCAGCAGUCCUACUGGUAAAAACACUUCCACGUCUUCCUCUUCCUCCUUCCUGUCAUUCAUCGAUCCAAGAUUGAUCCCCAUAUCAUCGCCACCCCAGAGCCCUGUGGGCAUUAAGGGUGAGCUGAUCAAGAGGGAGAACCACAGGAAGGGCUCGGUGGUGAACGUGAACCCGACCAACAUCCGACCGCAGAGCGACUCUCCAGAGAUCAGGAAGUACAAGAAGAAGUUCAACACUGAGGUCCUCUGUGCUGGACUCUGGGGUGUGAAUCUGUUAGUGGGAACAGAGAACGGUCUGUGGCUGCUGGAUCGCAGCGGGCAGGGGAAAGUCUACUCGCUCAUCAGCAGACGGAGGUUUCAGCAGAUGGAUGUUUUGGAAGGACUCAAUGUACUAAUCACCAUAUCAGGUAAAAAGAACAAGCUCCGUCUGUACUACCUGUCCUGGUUGAGGAAUAAAAUCCUGCACAACGACCCAGAGGUGGAGAAGAGACAGGGCUGGACCUCAGUAGGUGACCUGGAGGGUUGUGUUCACUAUAAAGUGGUGCGUUACGACAAGAUUAAGUUCCUGGUGAUUGCUUUGAAGAACGCAGUGGAGGUGUACGCCUGGGCCCCAAAACCCUACCACAAAUUCAUGGCCUUCAAGUCCUUCCGGUCGCUGCCUCAAAAGCCGAUGUCUGUUGACCUGACAGUAGAGGAAGGCCAGAGGUUAAAGGUCAUCUACGGCUCCCUCUCAGGUUUCCACGCCAUUGACGUCGACUCUGGAACACCUUACGACCUCUACCUGCCUACACAUAUCCAGGGCUCCAUCCGUCCCCAUGCCAUCAUCAUCCUGCCGAACAGCGCCGGGACGGAGGUUCUGGUUUGUUACGAAGACGAGGGCGUCUACAUCGACACCUACGGACGCAUCACCAAGGAUACAGUGCUGCAGUGGGGGGAGAUGCCUGCGUCUGUCGCCUACCUCCAGUCCAACCAGGUGAUGGGCUGGGGAGAAAAGGCCAUAGAGCUGAGGUCAGCGAACACUGGGAACCUGGAGGGAGUCUUCAUGCACAAAAAGGCUCAAAAACUCAAGUUCCUGUGUGAGAGGAACGACAAGGUGUUCUUUGCCUCUGUGCAGUCAGGAGGCAGCAGUCAGAUUUACUUCAUGACUCUGGGACAGAACUCGCUGUUCAACUGGUAACGACUAGAUCUGUAACUCUGGGAUCGACUGGUGAUGUCUUCAUUGUUCUGGUGAUGCCUUUUUAUUUUCGGGGCGACUCAUCUCUAUGGAUAGUUACACCAUACAAAGAUCAACAAAUAGUCUUGGAUCCAUCUUUCUAUUUUGUCUUGGCGGUUCAAACACCGAAGGAAUCCAUCGCUCCAUCUUAGAAUACUGAAGCUUGAAUCAGCUGCAGCCUCACAAAUAUCUGGAUGUGAAAUGUAACGAAAAACGCGCUUUAGUUCACUACCACCCCCCCAUUUACGGAAGCAUUACAAGGUACAACUAGCAACGUUAGCAUCUGUGAAGUGAAGAGCAAACAAAACAUUGUUCCCUGGAGGUUUUCCUUGAAGGAUCUCUUAAAUCAAGACCGUUUGAUCCAAACCUACCUGGAAGCAAAACUGGCGGCUUGAUUCUGUGGAGACGUCUCAUGAACACCAAACCAUCAUUUUUGUCUCCUGGAUCAUUUAGCCAUUUUCCCAUUUCUCUAAAGGCCUCCUCCAUAUCAGUUACUCUGCUUACUAUGUGUACAUCAGCUAUUUGCUCCUAAUUACUUUAACAACAUCUCGCUGUGUAAAUGGAUCCAAACUCUUUUUUUGUUCAAUUCAAGUCAUGGAUUCUUAUCUCGUCUUCUACUCUGGUGUUCAGCUGUCAACAUGUGUUAAAAGAUGGAGUAAACUACAAGAACAAGUCCUUCAUCACUCCACGGAUAUCAUCAUUCAAAGACUAAAUUGGGACCAACAUUUGGACAACUAUUGUCAUUCCAGUUUUGUUGACACUGCUUGCUGUUUUUUUACAGUUUUUCACCAAGAUUACAGAAAAACUAUUGGCCCAAUUUCCAUGCAACUUGGGUGAAGCAUGUGACAAGGUAGAACAUAUUUAAAUAUGUAGUGGAUUAAAUAUAAAAGGGCGGAUACACACAUUAUUGUUAACUGUUUGAUCAAAUUCCAGGUCCAUGAACCAAUGUGGUUCUGAUACCUCAGCAGUAUUAUUUAUGAAGGCCUUCAGUCAUGUUUUCUUUUUCCUGGCUAGAAGCGGAUAUCAAGAACCCAAACAAAUUAGUCCUGAAUCUGUGAUUUCCAUAUCCUUUUAUUAGACGGUAUUAUAUCAUGCACUACCAACUGAUAUAUUAUUCAAGGCAGUUUCCUUUUCUCUUGUCUGAGGUGACAGUAAGUCAGUAUAACACCCCACACAGCAGAGAUUCAAUCCUUUCAUUUGAACUGAAUCCAUAGUUUUUAAUAUUUAGGAUUAAAUUACUGUUUUGAAGACGUAAUUCAAUAACUUUUGAUUAUGUUCUAUUGCCAAAAAGACAAGAUUUAUUUAAAAGAGUUAUGAUUUCCAAAAUUUCCCCAAGAGAUUAUCUCAUGAAUUAUUCUGCUUCCUUUUUUCUGCAAUCAUUAUGUGUUUGCGUGUAGCUUUUUAAAUACAAAAUGUUUAACUGCGCUCAAAUUAAGUCACAUGCAAUUGAAUUAGAAGGGUGAAUUGGCAGCAAUCUAACAACACAAUGAAGUCAUAAAAUGUAACGGCAGACAUUGAAGUAUUCUUUAAAACCACAGGAGAAGCUUCAAAUGUGUUAGGAAAGACAUCUGGUGAUGAUGCAGGUAUGUCUUUUGUAACAUAAACCCAAUACAGUGUCUCACCAGUUUAAGCAUUCCCUCCACCUCCGUCAUGGACCAUAUCAUUUUAGUUUCAUUAUUCCAUCAUAAGGACCUAAAUAGCCUUGUACUCAUCACAAGUAUAAUUACAAAUCUAUUCCGCAGUAACAGGCUAUUAUCUUUUUUUUCUGCAUCUCUUUUUGUACAGCGUCGGAUGUAUAUAUUCUUGUAAGAUACACUUUUUUCUAAAUAUUUUAUAAUUGACAAGCCAUCUUUAUGUAUGUGUACAGAAUUAUGAUCAGGCUUAUGAAUGUUAUUUCCACACCCUUUUGAAAGUUCAGGAGCCACUGACGGUGAACUUGAAGGCUCUUGGUCGAAGAUCAAAUAUUGUGUCUUGUGAAUUUUGUUUUGUGGUUGAUUUUCUACACAGUGGUGAAAUUUAAAGCCAUUAUGUAGUCUGUAUUGAAGAAAUAACUGAGGCUUUGGAUCAGUAUUUCUUACACUAUCCAACAUGGGACGCACACCUGUUUUUGAUGGGUUAUUUUGAGGUGUUUUUGUUGAGCCUGGAUCCAAUGAGUUGGGCCUGUAGAGUAUCUGUUUUUUAUCUCCUUGAUUUUACUGUCAUUUACACAGUGAAACACCAAAGAUGAAAUAUUGACUUCUGUAUAAAAUACCUAACAAAUCCCAACUGACUAUUUGGUAUUAAGAGAUUAUCUAUGAUUUAAAAGUUAGAGAUAGGCCAAUAUUAUUAUACUGUAAAAAAAGAUAUGAACUAGACCAAUCAGACAUGUGGAGGCCUGAAGAAUCUCCCAGAAAUGAUGUCUCUCGCAAAUUGAAACAGAAAUAUAUGCAAUUUAAAUUUAAAAGAAACCUUGUAUGUUUGCUUUAGACAGAAGAAAUAAUUGGUGUUACCUUCAAAUGUGAAUUUGUAAUUUGCCCAUGUUCCAUAUACCCUCCUUCGUCCGAUUUUGCCAAAAUGGCUAACUUUGUUAUUCUUAUCCUCUAUUAUAUUUACUCUUGAAUGUUGAGGCUAUUAUAUUCAUUGAGUUUUCAUUAUUGACUUGAUAUAAAUAUUGCAGCUGGUUCUGUGAGAAUAUUUUAAACUGGAAAAUUAACUUUCUGAUGAUGACUGUCGCAUUGCUAAGUUGUUCAUACAGGAAACUACCGCCGCCGGACCAGAUAGCUAGCUAACAUGGCUACAGUACAUGGAAAUACAGGACUAUGAACUAAUCUAAACACAAUUGCUAGCUAACAGCUGUUUAACAUUUCAGGACCAAGCUAGCUAUAGCUGCAGUAGAUGUUUUAGCUAACAUUGCUAGCUAACAGCUAACUAGCGUAUGUAGUAGAGAGGGUUGGUUAGCAGCAACACUUUUUCUCUUCAUACACAGUUACUUAGCUGUGCAGUUUCCACAUGAGAUUAAAAAAAAUGCACAAACUGUAUUUCACACACUAUAAUUCAAAUGAUAUGAAGUAAGAAGAAUUUGUGUGGACAUUAGUUCACGAACACUGGUGACCGUGUGGUGCUAGUGUCCAAAUCAGCCUUUUGUUUAAACUCUCUUCUUUCCCAGCAAGUUUGUGUGAAUUCAAUUACAGAUCCUUUGCUUUUUUAGGCAAUAAUGUAAAUAUUUGAGUACCAUUGGUUGACCGCAUUGUUAUGCAAUCAUAUAACCAUGAGAGAUUUGAUCAGAUGGGUUUUAAUUUGGCUAAUGUAUGAAUUCAGUCGUGUAGAAAGUGAUACUUGGAAGUUCUAAGACAGGUUACAAUCCUUAUACGGUUACGUUUUAGCUCAGUACAGACGUUAUAUUUUUUUAUUUUGAAGGCAUUUUUUUGGCAUAAUCUUUUUAUGGUUUUACCAAAAAUAUAUUACUUUCAUGUUCCAUUCAACAUCAUGCAUUACCUGCAUCGUUCUUCAUCCUUCUUUAAAAAACAACUUUUCUGCUUCAAGCUAUCCAGAGUCAGUGUCACACCUAAUCUAUUUGUCACCGACAGUUACCGUUUGGAGACACAAUGAGAACAUUUGAGUGGGUUAUUGGAAAACCAACUUCUCUGUCUGCUCCUGUGCUGAACAUUUGAGCCAAGCUGCACUAAUGAUCUAGCUCGGUGACUCCCGCCUACACCUUCCACUGGUUGAUGGUGUUUCAGGUCCGCUGUGACUCACAUCUCCAACUCUCCCACUGACUCUCUUUCUCUCAUUUUGGCAACAUUUCUGCUCUUUGCUCUUGCAUUCCCUCUGUUUCUCACGCUAACAUCUUUCAUCAUUCUUUAGCUUUUCCUUUUCUUCUUCUCACAUGUCAGAUCUAAAUCCACACCAAACAUUUGUCACACCAGAUUAAGAAAAGCUGCAGAGAUAUUUAAGUAUUGGAGGGAUAAAGGAUGUGUUUUACUUCUAAUUAAUUAGAGGAAGAAUGGGUUAUUUUUGCUAUCAACAAAUAACAUUAUUUUGCGCUGCACUGACUGUGUACAAGCUGAGCAGUUUAGAGAACGUGUGUGUUUGUGUGGGAGGGUGUGAUGUAGAUGGCAACAGGUGUUCAGUUAGCAGGAAUUCCUUCCCCAGGGGAGGAAGGACAGAGUUAGAGGAAGUAGAUGGUGGUUUGAGUCAGGUGUCAGCUAACAGAAAGAUAUGGAUGUUGCUUUUUAGAUACAUGUUUUGCUGUUGCCUACAAAACUUGAAAAAACGUGUUCAAAGCAAUUCAUCACCUCUGCCGAACCAUUUGUGUUUUAGGGUUGGUUGUUUGCUUGUCUGCAGGAUUACGGAAAAGGUACUUACCAGAUUUUCAUGAAACUUGGUGGAAGACGGUAGCAUGGGGCGAAGAAGAACCCAUUAAAGGUUGGAGCAGAUCCAAAUCCCAUGGAGGAUAAACACAUUUCUUUUUUUGUUUUCCUUACUACUCGUGAAUUGACAAAGGCCAAGGCCAACCUGCUUAGGCCAAUGUACUCUAAAAUGUAAUACUUCCUUUUCCAGUGCUACACCUUUCCACUAAAUAUCAGGAAGAUUGGGCCAGCAAUUCCUGCUUACAAAAAAAACAUUCCUACCUGAAAACAUGAGCGGUUUCGCGGAGGUAUAACGGUGCCACUGUUUCGAGGUGCCAAAAUGUGGAUUUAGAAUUUGAAGUGAUCGUUGGUUAUGAGUUGAAAGAGGAAUAGAAAGUAAGGAUAUGAAGGAGAGAGACUUAUUAUACACUUUUUAGGUGUGGAUUUCUGCCUUCUUUGUUUCAUCCAUUGGCCAAAUUGCUCUUUCUGAUAGAACCAGUAGGUCCAUGGUUAUAUUUGGUAAUAUAUUAUAGGAAUGGUGGACAAACUCAGUAACGAUUUAAAAUAGAAACAGCUUGCAAUGUGUAGUUUUAUAUGGCAAUUGACACACAGGACAGCUGUGUUUCUUAUAAGUUGUAAAGAAAUCAAAUAUAUUAUAUAAAUAUAUAUUUAAGAAUAUACAUUCCCCUUAACUAUUUCAUUUACUUUCCGUUUAAAACGUUUUUUUAUUUUUUGCACUGGACCCAUGUCUGAUGCAUUAUACACUGUAACUCCUGCUUUGAAAUCAAUCUUGUGUUUCCAUGUAAAGAGGCAAAAGACAGACAACAAUAAAUAUAUUAAAUGGUG